UGCGCGCACGCCGCCGUUCGCGCGGUUGCAACGCGUUAUCCAAUUCGAAUUGAGUUGACGCGUUCCAAAUUUGAAGUUUUUCGAUGUUUAAAACUACGCUGCUGUAUUGUGUUGCUAGUUAAACACUGUUGCGUUGUGAAUAAUCCUCAAUGUGUGAAUUCACCAGUUGUUCUAUACGGAUGUGUUUUUUCGUAUGAUUUAAAACAGUUAAACAUCGAUAAAGUCAGUGCUAAUUGGAAGCUGUAAUUUAAGUGUGCAAAGUGAAGUCUACAAAAAAUAAGAAAGUUGUCACAAGUGUUCAAAAAAUGGUUAUGGAAUCCGCACAGCCUGCGGGGCGCUUUUGGCCCUUAUCGCCCCGUUUGUGGCGUAGAAGCAACGAGUACUCAAAAGUCGUUUUUGAACCGAGACGACCUCCGAUAUCACCGAUCGAGAUACGAAAGCAUGAUAGAAUUGACGAAACACCAGAUCUUUUGCGAUCUAGAAGUUUCAUAAACGAUAAGCUAGAUCAUUUUGACCUGGAUGGUGAUAUAGAAUUCAGAAAACAUGGUGCAGAUGAAAAGUACCGGUGGAGUGUCGAUUCGAAGAAGCCACCCGUUAAAGAAGCUAAAAGAGAAAAAGAAGAAGUAGUUAAAUUGAGGUCCAAGAAACAGAGGCAGCCAAGGCCAAACAGUCUUCAGUUAUUAUUGUGCCCAUCGAGUUCGGGACACUACAGCAGCAACACUUGGAGAUACACUAGGGUUCGGUCAAAAAGCCAUGAGCCGGAGGGCGGCGGACGCUGCGGCGAAGGGCCGCUAGCUCGUGCGAUGCAGUCCACGCCGCAGGGCGGCUCGCCCAAGCGGCAUGCGACACCGACGCCGGCGCAUGGAGCGGCAACCGACCCAUCAAUGUUAAAAGUACACCUCCCAAAUGGAGGCUUCAACGUUGUGAGGGCAUCAGUGGACGAAGACGUGCGCUCAGUGCUACGAUGUCUGGCCGCCAGGCUUGCGGCGGGCGAUCGCGUAUACGCAUCGUGCUAUGCGUUGAGGGCGAGACGGCUCACCACUGGCAAGAUACGUUGGAUACAUCAAGACACGCCGGUAUCUGAGCUGCUAGCGAAGUGGCCGGCGAGUGAAUGGCGUUUGGAACUGCGCGUACGCUAUUUACCCGCCAACCUUCGUGAUCUCUGCGAUUCGGACCGCGUUACCUUCCACUAUUAUUAUGACCAGGUCCGACACGACUACCUCAAUGCCAAUCAUCAAAUGGUGGAUCAAGAUUUGGCAAUACAGAUAUGUUGUUUAGAAAUAAAGUAUUUCUGUAAAGACAUGCAGAUAUCAUUGGACAAGAAGUCCAACAUAGAGUACCUGGAGAAAGAGUUUGGUUUGCACAAGUUCCUACCGAAGUCAGUCCUUGAUGCGAUCAAGCCCAAAGUGCUAAAGAAGGCGAUACAGCAACAGUUUAAAAAGGUGGCAAACUUAAGUGACACCGACUGCAUGCUGAAGUACUUAGAAACGAUGCACACGCAUUACGGGUACGAUCGCGAGACGUUCACGGGCGCGCUCGGUUCUGGCUGGGCGAUACCCGUUGAGCUAGCGAUAGGACCCGAUAUAGAUAUAUCAUACGUAUCCCAUAAAGCAGGCGAGCCCCCCACCUACACAAAGAUUGCUUCUUUCAGUGACAUUGUAGCGGUUCAAACCUUAAAGUCCAAUUGCACGCAGCAGUCAAAUUCGCAGACGAGCUCAUGUGGAAAGGCGGCGCUACAAUUAAGAGUAAAAGGUGCUACAGAAACGUUAACUAUUACGUGCAGCAGUGUUGAGGCUGCAGAAAGUUUAGCAGAUCUAGUAGACGGCUAUUGUAGAUUAGUGACAGACUCGCAAACCUCGCUAUGGAAUAGAACGACGGAAAUGAGCAGUAGUUCCUCAGAGGGCAAAACGAGUUCAUGGGAAGCGAACACAAACACGCUCCUGUCCGAGGAUUACGCGGAGAUAGUUGACGACGACGCGGAUUACUCCACCCCGGCAGUUCGCGACUACGAAUUGGUCCGUAAUCAAAUUGAACUCACCGGUAUCAUUGGAGAAGGGCAAUUCGGAGACGUACAUAAAGGUACGUGUAAAGUGACGUCAGCAAACCACCCUUCUUUGCGACGUCAACUGGCCCUUCAAAGACAGCAGAGCAAAAACGGUGCGGGAAGCGAAUGCGUACUGCCCGUAGCGGUGAAGACGUGCAAGCUGGAUGCAGACCUCGAUACAGCGGAGAAGUUUCUGGAAGAGGCUUAUAUCAUGCAACAAUUUUCUCACCCGCAUAUAAUCGGCCUUGUCGGCGUAUGUAGCAGCCCCCCUAUUUGGAUAGUCAUGGAACUGGCGACCCUCGGAGAGAUGAGGGCGUAUUUGCAGCAGAACUCCCACAGGUUAGAGACGUGCACUUUAGUGCUGUACAUCUACCAGCUAUCGACGGCUUUAAGUUACUUGGAAAGCAAGAAAUUCGUUCAUCGAGACAUCGCCGCGAGGAAUGUUCUCGUAUCAACCCCAACUUGCGUCAAGUUGGCAGACUUUGGUCUAUCAAAGAUGGUGGAGGACAAGUCAUAUUAUAAAGCGUCAAGAGGAAAGCUGCCGAUAAAAUGGAUGGCGCCCGAGUCUAUCAAUUUCCGAAGAUUUACUACUGCGUCAGACUGCUGGAUGUUUGGUGUCUGCAUGUGGGAGAUCUUGAUGCUCGGCGUGAAACCGUUCAGUGGAGUGAAGAACAACGACGUUAUCGGCAAACUGGAAAACGGCGAGAGACUAGCCCUGCCUCCCCGCUGUCCGCCGCGACUCUACUCGGUCAUGUCGCGAUGUUGGGCGUACGAACCGUCGCAGAGGCCGACCGCGCAUCAGCUGAAGGAAACACUUUUCGAAAUCCUGCAAGAGGAGCGCAACACGGCGUGGGAUACAAUGCGACGCGAGAACAGACGCGUGGCGGCUGCAUCCUGGGGGGAUGAACCGCCCCCCAAACCUUCGCGACCCUCAACUAACCUGACUGCUGCUGUGGAGAGCGGCGGCCCGCAGACCUACAUCGUGGCGCAGAGCCCGCAGGUGCUGGCCCAGUUGCUACGUGACAACCCCGCGCGAGCCGACCCGCACGCCUACACCACGCCCGCCUCGGUAUUCAACACGCUCGCCGUCGACUUCACCCUCCACCCCGACCAACCCGCGCCGCCCCAGGCAGCCCCCGACCCUCCCGUCAGCGACCCGCCGCUCCAGACCCGUCCCAUCCCCAUCACGCAGCUACAGCGCCUUGACCCCGUCGUCCCCGACAUCACAGGCCACGUCGCGGCACACGACAGCUGCGACAACCUCUGCCCCAACGUCCCCCUCUCCACCUCCCGCGACUGUCUCGACGAGACCCCCAAAACACCCGAAAAGGAGACGAUCGCCGAGCCGUAUCCGAGUCGAGUUCGAUCUCUUGAAAGAAACCCUCGAGUACCCAUAAUCGAACGCGGUCCCAUCAGAAUGGGAUCGCUUGAACGGAAUCGCGGCAGCCUAUCCCACAGGGGGUCGCCGGUGCCCAUUCCGCCGUUCACGAGACAACACUCUGUCCCCGCCUCUCCACCCCCGAGAAGCCGCAGGGAUCAGGACGUAGGCCAGUUCUCCGUCCAAGGCGGUAUAAACGCCCAGUUGGCCAUGAGCGUCAUGAACAAAAUGCGUCAACAGGCCGAACCUCCCCUCGUAGAAGAAAUAUACGAUUUCGGAGGUGAUAACGUCAAAAGCUGCGCCGCUAUCGCCGCUCAAAAGGCGGGCAUCUCGAAAUCACAGCCGUAUCGCCCAGUCGUAUCCGGAAUGGCCGCGUCUCAUCCUUCCUCCUACGGAGUUCCAGUAGGUGUCGUUCAGGGCGUCCCGUACUCUCCCACUUCAAAAUCGGGGCAGCAGAUAUCCAAAAUUCCGGGACACUUCCGUUCAGCUAGCCCCCUGCAAGCUUCGUCCCCGAUGGGAGUAGUUCAGCCCAUGUACGUCCAACAGGCGUACACCCAUAACAUGCAAGGUGCACAGGCGAUGUAUCGUCCGCAAGUCUCGUCGCAGUGUGCUUCCAUCGCUGGCUCUCAGCCUCAGCUUAGAGCCCAGUUCUCCUCUGCAACGGCGAUGGACACGCCAAUUUACGCGUCUCGUCAAGAGUGCUCGACUGUGGUACCGGACGUGAAGCAGAGUCCGGAGUUCGAUACGGAACAAGCGGUGGAAAGGAGGUUGUUGGCCGAAUUGGCGAGACAACAACACCAAAGUGAGGAGGACAGAAGGUGGUUGCAAAUGCAAGAGGACAAUUUGAAACGUCUAUCAAACGUGCAGCUAGCUCCUCCAGCGGACGCCGAAAACACGGAGAAGUCUGAUGCGGCACAAACAGGCACGCAAGAAAACAAAUCUUCUAGUCAACCGCAUUCUGCGGCCAAUUCGUCGGAAACAAGCCCAGCGAAUACAGUGAGACCAAAGGAAAGCAGGACGCCGAGUGAAGAUAAGGGUUCAGCAAACCAAGAGCCAGUGUACGUGGCGACGACGGCGGUGGUCCGAUGCGUGAUGCGCCUGGCCGGUGUAGCCACAACAGCAUCGCCCGCGCCGCCCGACCUACUAGAAGCAGUGCGAGCGGUGGGUUCCGCACUGAGAGGCCUCUGUGCGACCGUAGAUAGCCUUGUGCGGCUAUACCCUCCAAACGCACAAAGGGAGGUAGAAAUGGCCCACCAGGUUUUAAGCAAAGACAUGGCCGCUUUGGUUGAAGCGAUGCGACUCGCGAUACACUACUGUCGCACCACCCUACACCAUGACUAUACCAAAAGCAUGUUGGCCGCUGCUCACGUAUUGGCAAUGGACGCCAAGAAUCUCCUCGACGUCGUAGAUAGUAUCCGCGAAAGGCAUCCGCACAUCGACUGGAAAUCCGCCCUCCAACUCGACGAGGAGCCGCAAACCUCCUCACCCAUACCCCAGAACCUCGACUCCCAAAACCAGGUACUUAACCCACCUUUAACACCGCAACCGGUCCUCAGCACCCAAUCGUCAGUUCAAGAAACCGAAUCGCCGCCGAAGCCAGACUUCAAGAUCAACCAACCGGUAACAACAGUCACGACCCAACUGAACCUAUCCGAUCACGUCCCUAAGGAGCACAACAGCUUACCGAUCACAACAAAUCGGGUAUCCACUCUCAUCCACAACUACAAUUUGUACGGGAACGUAAGAGAACCUCAGCAUAUAUACGGAAACGAAGGAGUAUCGUUCCAACACUCGCAGUCCUGCGACGAGUCGGUCAAGAGUCGCGUGCAGGCGAUAUCGGGGAAAAUCGAAUCGCCCCCGAUCUAUUCGGUCAGCAAAAAGAUGGUGCCAAUUGAACAGAACAUUGGGCAUGAUCAAGGAUGAGAGUUCAAUGAUUUCUCGAGUUAUGUUUUUCGCUUGUAGUGACUGUUGAGUUGACGGUGCUCCUGAGAGUAGGCGUAGCUAGGGAAUUCUUCUUCUUCCUACGUAUUGCAAAACUAAAGUUUGUCCGUUAAAAUAACGCGUUAGUGACAAGUCGUGAUGUAAUGAACUAUUUAACUUUGAAGUUGUGUUCUUUGCCCUGCUAACGCAUUAUUAUUAUUAUUCAAAACUAUAUAAUUAUGUUAACUGAAUGUCAGUUGUCUUGAUUUAAUGCUGCGUUUAAUUUGGUAAAUCCAUAAGAUAACAUUUUUUUUCUUAACUCAUACUGCGCUGGUACAUGAACCGUCAGAAAUGCAUUAUUUUAGGCCUCCAACUUGUACUGGUAAAUUAACAUUGGUUCAACUGACAAAUUGCAUCGGUUUUGUACGCGAGAUCUAGUAGACGUGUAUGUAGCAUUCGCAAAAUGUUUGCGACUUUUUAGCGACCAGUUUGUUCUACCAAUACCUUCAGCAUUACGCAGUUUACUUACAUGUUUGAUAUUCGCUAUCAACAUUUUUAUUAAGUCUUAAAGGAAGCCAUUAAUAAAAUAAUUUAUAACUUUUAAAACUUGCAUUUAUAUUUAAUUUUUAAUAAAAAUCCUUUUUUUGGUAUAGCGUACCAGAACGACGCCAAAAAUACAACUUCUUUCGUAAGUGCUCAACAACCGUCGAAGGCAACCAUUAUUCUGGCACAAAAGAUCGGAUUUGUGCAAAAAUCCGAAAUCCCGAAACCACAGUUCCUGUGGACCAAUAUUCCUAGCUACGUCUACGCUUUUCUGGAGAGCUUUACUGUGGCAAGGCUAUGACGUAUUAGUAUUUAGUACUUACCCGAAAGCAUUUAUUUUACUGUAACAGUGCCGCUUCCAUUUUUUUUAUUUAACUAAGCAAUCUUAGCUUGUUAAAGACUUAUCUUGCUCAAUGUUCUUAGCGAAAUUUGGUAAUUUAAAUGUAACUUUAUGUCUGUUGUGUAUUUAUUUAUUGGCCUUUCGGAGUUUAAUCGUGUGUUUAUUGGUCGACGUUGUUUUUGUGUAAAUCUGUACUUGAUUCGACGUCUGAUAACGAAUAAGCCUUGAUUUUGAUAAUAUUUGCAUUCGUGUCUUUGAGUUUAUAGCUAUGUCUGGUGUAUGAGUAUUAAAAGCUAUGUCUCUUACAGGUAAAUUAAAUUAAAAAAAUGUUUUUAAUGCUGGACUAGGUAUAGUUCGUUUAUAUCGCGGAAGUUUGCUGCGAGUGUAGCUAGCCUAGCUGAUAGCGAAUAUUGAACACUGCGCAUCGAAACGCAAGAUGCUCGAUGCUCGUUAUAAAGUUUGAUUCAGACAAUUGAAAUUGCUUUGAAAUUUAUUGAAAGAGAUUUACACAAAAUCAACGCAAACGGGUUGCAUUGCAAAAUAAAGUUUCCGUACACAGAAACUAGGCAAAAUACAUUUCUCAUCAUAAAUCUACUCAUCAUGUAUUUUUUGAAUUGGGUACUACACUUCUAUUGUAUUCAGUUGAAAGAAAGAGGCUUAAAACUAUCAUCUAAAAACCGAUUGCAAAGUUUUAAGUUUUUUAAUAUUGCUGAUAUGCUAAUGAUGCUAAUGUUUCUCUCAUCACGCUGUUCGACUUUGCAAUGCACCCAGUACAAAAUUAGUGACAUUUUAUUAAUACAUAUAAAUCCUAACAUAUCAUCGGCAUUGUUUCGCUUCGAAUAAAUCAUACUAUACCGUGUUGCUUCGUGUCCAGAUUUUCUACAUAUCUUUAUUAAUGUAUAAUAAUCAAUCGUUGCAGCAAUUAAUGACAAAGACGCUAGACUAAAUGUACUUUACCGACCGACUAAAUAAUUAAAUAAAUCGUCAAUAUUUUCACCGACUCGUUUGCAUACAAAUUCAAUGUCGUUUUGCUCUGUAAUGAAUCUUGCACUGCAAGAAAACUUAACUGUACACAAACUUUUAGAGGAUCUUUUCUUAUAUAUCCGUAAUAAACACUCAUAAAAUCUUUGUUUUGUUCGGGUAAUAAACUUGAACUUUGCCGAAUUGAAUAACGCUCUGGUUUCGCACUCAUGCUUCAAGUAGCUGUCAAAGUUCGAUACAAGAAUUUUUGCUUAGUCAGUAGAUUUAACUGACCAAAAUAGCAAGAAGAUUUUUGAUUAGUUUACCUUAUAUCCAGUUUCCGUAACCGUUCAUUCUUCAUCACACAUUCAUCAUUUUUUUCUUCAAAUUCAUAGAUUUUGUACUAGUUUGUAAACGUCUUCUCUCAUCAUACCUACCUAAAAUUUGUAGUUCAAAAUUAAUCACCACAACUCAGACUGCAAGGUAACCGAUUGAUAAUAUUGAUUUGUGAUACUAUUGCAAAUAAAAAAUACAAAGUUCAUUUUUACUUCCCUGUUUAAUCGCUAACAAUCUUUUCGUUAUAUUUUGUGUUAUGAUGGUACCUAUAUUUAUACAAAAAAAGACAAAAAUACAAUA